AUGACUGGGAAUCGAUCUCUGGUUCAGAGACACAGAAAGAAGUUCGUUGUUUCUAGUGUUUUGUUUGCUACGCUAUUUGCUACAUGCGCUAUUACGGUCUAUUUCAGUAAAAGAUGGUUGUACAAGCAGCAUUUGAAAAUGACGGAGCAACGAUUUGUCAAGGAACAGAUCAAACGGAGGUUUGUACAAACUCAGCAGGACUCGUUGUACACUCUUUAUGAAUUGAUGCCGGUAAUGACGUUAGUGUUGGCUAAGGAUUUCGAUCUUGAUUCUAUUGUAGAGGCUCUAAAGGGGAAAAAGUUACAGAAGAAGCUUUCCAAAGGUGAAAUAGCUGGGAAUGAGUUGGAAAAUGAGGGCUUAAGUUCAGGAAUGAGUGCGAUGACGCCUGCACCCAGUGUGUCAGCGAAAUCUCCGCAAUCUGCAGAUACCACUAGCGUUUCUGAAACGUCUACGAAAUCCAAGGCCGAGCUUUGGGACGAUUUGAAACUCAAAGCUAUCACCAAGAUCAUUAUCUUGUCCUAUACCACAUCAUUAUUGAUGCUUUUAACCCGAUUGCAAUUGAAUAUAUUGGCAAGAAGAGAGUAUUUGGAUACUGCCAUCAAUUCUGCCAUGGAAAAGGAAAGGGAAAAGAAGGCUAAUCAAUACUCAGUCUUAUCUUGGUUCUCUAGUUGGAUCACUGAAAAGAGCAACAAUUUACCCAGUGAAAAAGCUGACCCAAGAAACAGCGAUGGUACUAUUGACACGGACACAAGGAGCAUUGCAUCCACUGCGAACCCUGAAAAAUCGAGAUACGUUAACGAACAAGCUUUCUUAUCCUUAUCGUGGUGGUUAUUAAACCGUGGAUACCUACAAUACAAGAGUAUCAUUGAACAAUUGGUGAAAGAAGAGUUCCAAAAUUCGAACCCAAGAGAUAUCAUGACAAUGGAUGAGUUCAGUGGCAAGAUAAGCAAGAUAUUCGUCACCACAAACAAGCAAUUCUUUCAACAGCCACAAUCGAAUGAAAUGUUCAUUUCAUGUCUACUUCCUGAACCUAACUUAGAGAGAUUUGUUCUUCAACAAACUUUAGAACAAGAUGCUUUGAAAGUACUAUACGAGGAUAAUCUAUUACUAAAACAACUUGUACAAGAGACCAACAAAUGCCUACAAUCACCUGGAACAUGGAUUGUCCUGGAGUCUUUAAUCGAUGAAACAUUCCACACAAUCAUGGAACAAAUCGAGGAUAAUGUCAACAGCAAAUCGAAACCUAAAUCGAAUGAUGACGACACCAAAGUAGUCGAUAUAUCCAAAAAUUCAUAUCAAAUCGCAUUAUUCUCUAUCGCCACGAAAGACUGCACAAACGAAAUGUUGAAAGCGGGACUCGUAUCAAUGAACAACAAGUUCCUACAGAAACUACACUCCAUCUCGGCACUUGACGAUCUCAGUGCAUGCGUAUAUAGUAACUUCGGUCUAUGA